AGUCGCAUCUCUGGAGGCCGCCAUGACGGGCAGCCAUCUUUGAAACGUUCAAAAAGUUGAUUAAUUUAUAAUAUUGUCAAUUUUCAUGUGCUGUGGACAAAGAGUGUAAUCAAAUAUUAAUGUAAUUACAAUUCUUUAUUAAAAUUAUUAUUAUACAGUUAAAAAAAAUCAAAUGAGAAAUAUCAAGAAUAAAUUAACUUGAAAUUAAAAAAUCCUAACCAAAAGUUUUAUCAAUAAAAGGGCAUAGACUAAAAACAUUGUCACGUGUUUUUUUUAAAAAUAUAUUUUUUUUAUUGAUAAAAAAAUAAACUUUUGAAAUGGCAACAAAAAUGAUGUAUCGUCAAUUGUCUGUGCUGACUUUGAUGGUGCUCUUGUGCGUACAAGUGAAGGGAAAGGCUUCCGAGGAGAGUGUAGAAGUUAAGACGACUAAGGGCGACGUGUCGGGCCUGCUGUUCGCGGACGAGCUGAAGCAGAUCAUCGAGCGAUACAUGUUCGGCAUCUGCCCGCAGCCUUACAAGGUGACGCACACUUUAUGUACACAGAUGGUGGGCGGCAAGAAGAACGUGACCGCCAGCGGCUGCGACCUGGACGCCGACCAGCACGAGCUCGCCGCCAGGCUGGCAACACUAGCACUGCGCGCGCACUCCGCGUCGCGCACGGACUGCACGCGGUUCGGCUCGGCGCUCGCCAACACGCUCGGUGAACUGGCGCGGAGCGCGUCCAACAGACACGUGCUCGCUGCCGCGGUGGCCAGCGAGAACAAGAAGCGCAAGCUGUCCAAGAGCCAGAAGAAGCAGAUCGCCGCCAAGCAGCGCACCGCGCUCGCCGUCAAGAAGAAGGCCGCCGCCGUGGCCGCCGCCAACGCUGCCAAGAUGGCCACCCCUGCUGCUUAGUCUCGCACGCUACUUCUACUUCGAAACAUUUACGAUUCUAGUUGAAAAAUGUUUGAGGGAAUUGUUGUAUUGAAACUGUAUUAGUAUUGUAAAGAAUUGGCGUAGCGAGGUGGGGGCAAGAGGAGAAAUUGCUCCGGUGACAUACAAACAAAUAAAAUGGAAGUGACAGUGUUUGAAUAAAAUUAAUAAAAUAGGCAAAAAAUUAGUAUGGAUACAGGUUGGUACAUACUAUGGUACAUAUUAUGAAUAAAAUUGAAGUGUUUGUCUGUGAUUUCAAAAUAACUGUUUUCUCAAGCGCCUAACUAUAGAUAUUUACACGACACCAAAACACAAACAAGCUUUUUUAAAAUUUUGUUCUGUUUGUCUGUCUCUUUGUCUGAGCUAAUCUUUAAAACUGCUGGACGGAUUUCAAUAUCACUUUCGCUAAAAGAUAGAGGAGAUUAAUGAAGAACAUGUAGGCUACUUUUUAUCCCGAAAAAAAAUCACGAUUUCCGCGGGAUUUGUGAAAAACUAAACUAUACAUAUACAAAGUAGAGAACAUCCGCUGGUAAGAAAUAUAAAUAUAAUCAAGCGACUGGACAAACAAAUUUAAUGUAAAAAUUAAACAUAAUCAAUUUUAAUUAAGUAAUUAUUGCAAUGUAAACGAUAUUUACCAGCAUUAUUUUACAAAAUAGUCGUAUUAUAGAUACAUGAAAAAAAAUGUAUACUUUAUAUAAUUAAUUGUUUACACGAAUGGUAAAUAAAAUCAAAAUCCCUUUUCAUACCAAAAGCAGCAAUUACGAGUAAGCGCAACAAUUAGGAAAGUUAACUGAAAAAAUAUGUAUUCCUAAUUUCCGAACAGAUUAUUUAGUCUUUAGUUAGAAUUUCAACACAUUGGUACUGGCAACAUUGUACCGAAACGACUGAGAUUAUUUCGUUUUGAAAAUGUGUGUUUUUUUUUCUAAUUUAUGAUUAAUAUCUUGACGCUAGGUAGAUAGAUAGAAUUACACAAUUCCUAUUAAAUUAACUUAAUAACUUAUAGCAGCAUAGACGUAAAUUAUGCCUAUGUAUAAUAUUAUAAACUGUAUUUAUCAGAAAAAAUAGCACAAUUUUUUCUUUACCAUAUAAUUCCUUUCUCUGUCGAUAUUAAUUUAGCGUAAGUGUCUACUUAAUUUAGUUUUAGGCCUUCCAGUUUUCAUAUAACUUAUUAUAAUUACCUAUAGUUAUCCAUUAAUGUAUUAAAAAAGUUUUUUUUAAUAAAAGCAAUUAAAUGGG